AUGGCGUCCUUCUUCUCCAGCGUACGCCAAGGACUGGCCGGGCGAUCCAAGAGCAGCCAACAGCCAGGCAAAGGAAGCAGUCCCUCGCCCACGACUCCUUACUCUGCAUCACCUACUUCUCAGCAACCCCCGAAUGUACCGCCCAUGCCAAGCUCACCUGCUUUAUCUUCGGCCAUGUCAUUCGAAAGCCAGGGUCCUCUACCCGAAGGGCCACCUGGCUCCCGUCGACCACCUUUCUUCUUCCGUGAGGAGUAUUCCAGCUUGAUUGUCAAGGGUAACUUCAUGACGUUGGCUGCCAAGCCAUUACUUGUUGAGGAGGGCGAGUGGCUUGCACAUCAAGUUGUCGAACAGUAUCGUCUACUUGAGCAAAUGAUCGAAAUCAUCAAAGUAGUAGAUGACCGGACUAGCAAACCUAUUUGUAACCCAGACGUCUGCCCUACCAUGUCUGCUAGUGGCCACACAUAUACGUGGCUCGACAACAACAAGAAGCCCAUCAAGAUCCCCGCAAUCCAGUACAUCAAUCUGGUUCAGAAGUGGAUCGUCGGCAAGAUCAACGACGCCAGCAUCUUCCCGACUGACACUACCUCUGUCACUGCCGCAGCAUCAACCUACGCCUCAGGCUCCGUAACACCCAGCGGAUCUGCACCCCAACCUCUUGGACCUACCAGCCUUAAUGCGCCGCUGUCGCAGCUCUCGGGUCGCGACUGGCUCGGCAAGUCGUCUGGCUUCCCGGAAAACUUCGAGGGUGACAUCAAGAGCAUCUACCGCCAGAUGAUGCGGUGCUACGCACACAUCUACCACGGCCACUGGCUGGAGCCCUUCUGGAACGUGGGCGCAUACAAAGAGCUCAACACAUGCUUCAUCCAUUUCGUCAACGUGGGCAAGCUAUUCAAUCUCAUCGGGGAGAAGGAGAUUGAGCCCAUGCAGCCUUUGGUAGAUCUUUGGGCGGAGAAGGGCUUGCUUCCUGCAACUUCCAAAGAGAGUGCGCCGCCGAGGAGUUCUGGUGGUCAGCAAGCUGCUCCUGCGUCUUGA